AUCGGCGGGAUGGACAAAAAAUCGUAGGUGGCGAGUGCGGGGUAGAACAGAUAGCCGGCGACAGACAGCGAUGAUGGGACGAGCUGCCUCCGGGCCGGUCGGGUAGAGAGAAAAAUAUGCUCACCUCGACCUUGGGAACCCGUGGACAUAACGCCAAGAGUGACCGAGUCCAGAUCGCAGACCUCGAAUGCAGAACUUAAGGACGGGGAAAAUGUGACGUUUCCCCUGCGCCUGUCUCUGUUUGUCCUGGUGUCAGUCAGUGUCAGCGACCCGCGGGACGCAGAGUUCGUCUCCAGUGACCGGCUGCAAAUCGGCCCCGGCUUGACUCAAAAAGAAAGUGAAGUUGUUGUUGUUUAUCCGUCCCUCAAACAGAGAACAUUCUCCGGCCUCGACCUUGGCGCUGGGCACAAUGGCCAGCGCCACCGAUCGCCUGAGAUCCCGCAGUGAGGAUGAAGAUGAGGACGUAUUCUCCACUGAUCCUGAGAGCAGGGAUCUUCAGAACUCUAAAAAGCUCUUAUGCAAAGUCAAGUGGUCUCGUGAAGAGGAUGACAAGCUUAAAAAGCUUGUGGAACAACACGGAACUGACUCAUGGAGACUUAUUGCCAGUUAUUUUCCAAACAGAACAGAUGGCCAAUGUCAGCACCGCUGGCAGAAGGUGCUCAACCCAGAGCUGGUGAAGGGACCCUGGACUAAAGAGGAGGAUCAGAGGGUGAUAGAGUUGGUGCACAAGUACGGCCCUAAGCGCUGGUCCGUCAUCGCCAAGCACCUGCAGGGCCGUAUUGGCAAACAAUGCCGGGAGCGUUGGCACAACCACCUAAACCCAGAAGUGAAAAAGUCCUCCUGGACCGAGGAAGAGGACCGCAUCAUCUACGAGGCCCACAAACGCUUGGGAAACCGUUGGGCUGAGAUCUCCAAGCUGCUGCCUGGCAGGACAGAUAACUCUAUUAAGAAUCACUGGAACUCCACCAUGCGUAGGAAGGUGGAGCAUGAAGGUUACCUGCAGGACAGUUGCGGACCUUAUAAGUCAAAAGCUGUGGUCAAGAGGCGGCCCAGGUCCUGCUCCUCGAUCGAGGUCAGGCAGGGUCAGAACCAGCAGGUCAUGGGCAUCCCUGGACAGCUCUCUGGAUACUCCUUUGGCUCACUGGCCAGGCAAUGUACAGAUGGAGUCCAAGAAGGUGCUGCGUUUGUCCUGCCCUGCAACGAUGAUCCACACAAAGAGCAGAGAAUUAAAGAGCUCGAGCUCCUGCUCAUGUCAGCUGAGAACGAAGUGGGAAGACAGUCGGCCCCAUGUCACCCUAGCAGGUAUUCCAGCUGGUCAGACAAUAUGACUGAUGACACAGUGACUACCAUGAGCAGCCUGGAGGACCAAAGUGUUGAGUUCUGCCAGGCAGAGGGAAACCAGGGGCCUAUGGCCUCUGUCCAAACCUCCCCUAGCAAGUUUCUUGCAGUGGAGGCCAGUGCUGUGCUUUCUUCCCUCCAGACCAUCCCAGAGUUUGCUGAGACACUGGACCUCAUUGACUCGGACCCUGUGGCCUGGAGUGAGGUGACGAGUUUCAACCUUUCCGAUGUGGUUUCCCCCGAAAAGGAAGUGCUACCAACAUUCUCCAGGGCACAGGAUGGCAUCUCCGAAGGAGUGGGCUACUACUUUGAUCCCACUACUACCACCAUUCUCUCUGACCCCAACAAGACCUGCAGUAGUCCUAGUCAAGGAAAAAUUUGUGUCAUCAACCCGUCCAUUGUCACCAAGUUAAGCACACCACCAUCCAUCCUGAGAAAGAAGAAGCGUGACAGGAGGGACCGGUCUCCUUCCAUGGAGAGCUGCAGCACUUCUUUCUUAGAUGCCACCAGUGCCUCACCCAAAAACACACCUGUGAAGGCACUGCCCUUCUCUCCAUCCCAGUUCUUCAACAUAUCGGGGAAUGAAAAUUUGAACCUGGACAAUCCAGCACUUACCUCGACACCAGUCUGUGGGCAGAAGUGUCUGCUCAACACCCCCAUGCAGAAGGAAAUGACUCCCAAGCAUCAGAAGGAGAACGCUGGGUUUAGAACCCCAAAGAUUAGAAAAUGUAUUUUGGGUCCAAUUCCACGGACCCCAACACCCUUCAAAAAUGCCAUGGCUGCUCAAGAAAAGAUGUAUGGACCCUUGAAAAUGGUGCCUCAGCCCUUGGCCUUCCUGGAAGAGGAUAUCAGAGAAGUGCUGAAAGCAGAGACUGGGACAGACAUAUUCAAUCGAGGGGACAUGCAGCCUGAGUUCCGAGCUUGGAAGCAAGAGCUUGAUGCCCCUCCCAGAAAAGUCAGAAAGUGUCUCUUGCUGGAUUCCUGGGGAAAGGAUUGUCUCAACGUCCAGCUGUUUUCCCAUGACCAGAUCAACAGUAUCCAGCCCACAGAAGACAGCCUGCUGACCAGUUCUCUGCUGAUGAUGCCCAUCGUGGAGCGAGAGGACCACACCUCCUCGGCUGACCCAGAAAAGGAUGCAUCUUAUGUCCACACCAAUGCUUACAAUGCUCCUGCUAGGAAGGACAGCACUCCUCUGCCUAAAACAUCACGAUACGAACCCCCUAUCCAGGUUACCAGUGAGUGGGAGACAGUGGUAUAUGGGAAGACAGAAGAUCAGCUGAUCAUGACUGAGCAGGCCAGGAAGUAUCUCAGCUCGUACACAAGUGCCUGCACCUCCAGAGCCCUUGUGCUUUGA